AUGAUAACUAACAGAGACAGAGAUCGUCUUAUAAGUCGGAGUAGGAGGAAGGAGAGGAGGAUCAGGACUGACGAUGCGGUGGUGGCGGUGGUGGUACCUGAAGCUGUGUUGAUCAAAGUGUUUUCAUGGCUCCCCGUGAAGUCCCUCCUCAGGUUCAAGUGCCUAAGUAAACGAUGGUUUGAUGUCAUAUCCAGUGAUCCUUAUUUCAUUGACCUCCACUCUCAGCAAUCCAAUUCCAAAUCACCAUCUCGUCUCUUUUCCUUAUCACGUAAUUUGUUAAGGGAAUUCAAGAUCACUGAUCCUAUAUCCCACUUAUUGCCUACUCGCUUCGAUCUGGUAUGUCUCAAAUCCUACGAUAAAUUUUAUGUUUGCAAUCCAAGUACACAUGAAUCCAUAACAUUGCCACAAUUUCGGGAUUCUCAUAAUGCUACCUUCGGUUUUGGAUAUGUUGAGUCUACCAACGAGUAUAAAAUAGUCCAUUUCAUUGAAACUUGCUUCCCCCCACCCUCAUCUUUCUUGGACUCACAUUUCUUCCACUUAUAUGAUCCCAACCUCCCUAAGGAAUGUAGAGUUUUCACCUUGGGAAUGGGAAAGGACUCUCCUUCUUCUUAUGCUUCUCCUUGGGCUUGGAGACUCGUCGGAUAUUAUCCAUAUAAGUUCGAGGGUGCUCAAUUUCCGGCUUUCAUCACCGGAGCUCUUCAUUGGUUGAUCAACCACCCAGAGCUUCUUAUUCAGAAAACAAUCUUGGCGUUCAACUUGGAGAGUGAAGAAUUUAGACUCGUCCCACCUCCCAGAGGUUUUAGUGAUCUGAUACAAAUUCCAAAGCAUCUCCAAUUGGUAGAAUUGAGAGGAUUACUCUGCCUUUCAUAUGUUGAAAAUUACAACAAAAUGAACAUAUGGAUGCUGAAAGACUACUACGAUAAUGAGAGUUGGGCAAAAGAGUACUGUAUUGAUCUGACUCCCUGGAUGGAUAUUCAUGGCUAUUACAAUGAUCAGUAUUAUGUUCCUAAGGACAUACUUUAA